AUGAGGUUCUCACAAUCUUUCGUGGCUUUGGCAAUGGCCUUGUUAGGUGCUCAGGCCCUGACUAUGAACUCUGAUUCUUGCUUAAAUGCCGUUACCGCAGUUUCAAGUAAAACAUAUGUACCCGACUGCAAGGCUUAUCUAUAUACCACCGCGACACCCAAGAAAGUGACUAUCUAUAGGACAAAGACUGUAACAAGCAUACCGACAGUCAGGAAAUCCGUAACGGCAAUCAACACCCAGCUUGUCACGGCCACAAGAACCAACUCUGUCGUGCAGAUUGUUACGAUCGAUGUCACUACAACUGUGACAAUGGAUGGUACCAAGACAGUUAUUCAGCAGACCACAAAGACAAUCAUAACGACUGCCCAGAAUGUCAGCCCACCAUUCAAGAAGCGAGCAGCUAAUGCCCCUGUCAUCCCUUCUUACGCCAGCAGUGCGUGCAGAAACUCGGCUACGUACUCGUCUGCAUGUUCGCGUGUUGGUGUCACCAGUAAGACUAUUACCCUUCCCCAAACGACGAUUGCUUCAGUCAUUCAUAAGAUUAUUAUUGCACGGAGGACUACGAUCAAGACAGCUAUCGCCACCGCCUACGCCACCAAAAUAGCCAAGACAGAGAUUGUUCAGCAGACUUAUUCCACCGAGAAGAUCAGUAAAGUUGUUGGGACAGAAGUAAAGGAUAACAUCAUUGCCACCGAGACCAAGACCGAGAUCAGCACCAAGACUGAGGCAGCUGAUCCACUGCAAACGAUUCUCCUCAUCGCACACGACAGCGGUGAUCCUGACCUCGCCUCCCUCGGGGGUGUUGGUUUCGUCCAUCUAGAGAACCAAAUCGGCACUGGGAAAUACUUCCUCAACUUCACAGCUGACGUUGACACCGAUCUAACCUUCACACUCAACCAACGCACAGGAGAAUUUAAAGUCGUCAACGGACCCGGAAGUUCGAACGGAAAGGCCGCUUAG